AUGGCGAAAGCGACUUCAGUUAAGUUUUACAAUGGAAAAACUAUUCCAGCGCUUGGAUUGGGUACUUGGAAGUCGAAGCCAGGUGAAGUGGAACUAGCCGUUAAGGCCGCUUUGGACAUAGGCUAUCGACACAUCGACUGCGCGUACGUCUACGGCAAUGAAAAGGAGGUCGGAGAUGCGAUUGCCGCUAAGAUCAAGGAGGGCGUUGUUAAACGUGAGGACCUUUUCAUCACCUCCAAGCUGUGGAACACGUUCCACCAGCCCGAACUCGUGAAGGGCGCCCUCCUCCAGACCCUGGAGAACCUCCAGCUGCAGUAUCUCGACUUGUACUUGGUUCACUGGCCCCAAGCUUACAAGGAGGGAGGCGAUCUCUUCCCGGCUGAUGAAAGUGGCAAGAUCCAGUUCUCGGACGUGGACUACCUUUACACAUGGAAGGCGAUGGAGCCCCUCGUGGGAGCUGGUCUGGUCCGGAGUAUAGGCAUCUCCAAUUUCAACUCGGGGCAGGUUGAGCGAUUGUUGAAGGUGGCUACCAUCAAGCCAGUCACCAACCAGGUGGAAUGUCACCCGUACCUGAACCAGAAGAAACUCCAGGAGUUCUGCGAAGCCCGCGGCAUCAAGCUGACGGCUUACUCUCCCCUGGGAUCCCCCGACAGGCCCUGGGCCAAACCGGAUGAACCGCAACUGAUGGACGAUCCGAAGCUCAAAGCGAUUGCUGAUAGACUAGGCAAGACCGUUGCCCAGGUCCUCAUCAGAUACCAGAUCGACCGUGGCAACAUCGUGAUCCCCAAGUCAGCGAACCCAGCGCGCAUCGCCAGCAACUUCCAGGUCUUCGACUUCAAGCUGUCUGAUGAAGACCUGAAGCUGAUCAACACCUUCGACUGCAAUGGACGUUUUGUGCCCAUGACCGGGUCCUUCGGACACCAAUACCAUCCGUUUGAGAAUGACGAGUUCUAA